AUGGAUACGGGUGGCGGAUUUUGCUUUCAAGAUAUCUCCGGCCUGGCGGAGUUGUUGGAAAAAAAUGAUGGUUUCAAGCGGCCUGAGGGACAAAAAGUGGGGUACAGCUUGCAAGAGGCAAAUGCGGCGGGGGACGCUUCCUGCGGCGCCACGGCCGGUGCGUCGAUGAAGGUAAACCCGUCAAGCAUUCCUUUGCCUCCCACAGUCGUGGAUCGGCAAUUGCGCCUCCCCAUUCCAUCAGAGACCCGUGAAGCUAAAGAACUAGAGAUAAAGAAGCGUCAGAAGUCAAAACCGAAAGGUUAUGCCAUUUGGACAGCGGAGGAACUUUUUGCUGCAUUUCGUGCGCGUCAUGACGCUACUGUGAAGCCAAAAGAAGGCGCAGAGCAACCAGAACACUCCAUUGUGCAUCAGGAAAUUGUUACUGCUGAGGACGUUUACCUUGGGAUAGACGCGAAAAGGGUCACUGGAGGACCAUCUGGUCUUCUUGUGAAAAUUGUCAUGCCCAAGCUGGAGAGAAUUGCCGAUUUAGCCAUUGCAGUUGAUCCAUAUGAACUUCGUGUUUCCUCUUCAAAGUACUACCUGCGAGCUGCUCUGCCGCAGAAGGUGAUUGCCGGAAAGGCGGAUGCAAAGUGGGAUAGCAUCAAUAAAACGCUGAAUGUCUCCUUGAGUGUGGAUGAUUCGGAACGGCUUGUAUAG